CGCGAUGUAGAGACGAGGCUACAUGGAGGUUGGACUUGUCCUGUCAGUUGGCCGCCGACUUUAAUCGCAGUUCGACUUGACGCGCAGCGCCAGCCGGUGCGGCCACCACUCAGCCUCACCAUGAACCGCGCCGACCUGAAUGUGAUCCUCCUGGGAUUUGGAUUUAUGUUCGUCUUCACGGCGUUUCAGACCAUGGGCAACAUAGAGCAAACGGUCCUGCAGAGCAUCACCGACGACGACCCCUCGUUCACCGGCACGGGCUACACCAGCCUGGCCGUCAUCUACGCCGUGUUCGCCGUCUGCAACUGGGCCGCGCCCUCCAUCAUCUCCGUCAUCGGACCGCGGGCCGCCAUCUGCCUGGGCGCCGUCACCUACGGGUUCUUCAUCUCCACGUUCCUGUACCCAUCGACAUGGCUGCUGUACGUGAGCUCGGCGGUCAUCGGCUUCGGGGCGGCCAUCAUCUGGACGGGGCAGGGCAACUACCUGACGCUCAACUCGACCAAGGAGACCAUCUCGCGGAACUCGGGGGUGUUCUGGGCCAUGCUGCAGUGCAGCAUGUUCUUCGGCAACAUUUUCGUUGUGUUCGUGUUCAGCGGCAAGACGCACAUCGACGAGGCGACGCGGAAGCUCGUCUUCUCUGUGCUGCUCGGUGUCGCGGCGCUGGGGCUGGUCUUCGUGCUGCUCUUGCGGCCCGCCGUCGUCGCCGACCUGAGCGACGAGUCAUUUUCUGUAUGUAUGUACGAGUGA